GCUGAUGGUCACACAUAUGAGCGUUCGGCAAUUGUACGAUGGGUCAAUGAACAUGGUACGAGUCCAUUAACUCGUCAACCGUUAAAUGUCGACGAGUUACAACCGGACGAUUACUUAAGAGUUCUUGCUGCACAAAGACGAAAAUCAAUCGAAUCCAAUGACUAUGACAUACAAUUGGAUCAAGUUGCGCAUCAAAACACAAAUUCAUUGAUAACUCACAACUACAACUUGAAUAACAAUCUAAUCAUUUCUACACAAGAACAAACGUUGCCAAACUAUGCAUUAGUUUCCACCUAUAGCAUCAGACAUCGUAAUGCACCUGAAAGUAGUUCAUGCUAUCGUAGUGGGUGUCUUGCGAUGAUCGUGGGGACAUUGGUAUUGGUUCACUUGUUGAUGUUUUUCUACGGCAUGGUUAGCGCGUAUAGUCGUUAUCUACCUGUAAAUCUGUAUUUUUCUAAUCUUAUUAGAUAUUUUUCAACUUAA